AUGGCCUUCAACCUUCAAAACCCUUUUUUCGUUUUCGUUUUUGUUUUUGUAUGUUCAAUUGCUUCUCUUGUUGCAAGCCAUGAACUCUUUGUCAAUGGAGACGGAUUUUCACCUGCUUUAGGGACAUGGUAUGGAGACCCAAGAGGCGCUGGAAGUGGAGGAGCUUGUGGAUGGGCUAAUGAUGUACAAUCACCUCCAUUCUCAGCCAUGAUAGCAGCAGGAAAUGCAAGGAUUUUUUUGCAAGGCAAAGGAUGUGGGGAUUGUUAUCAGAUUAAAUGCAGUCGAGAGCCAUACUGCUCUAAGAACCCUAUUAGAGUUACAAUAACCGAUGAAUGCCCAGGUGCAUGUAACAAUGUUCCAUUCCAUUUUGAUUUAAGUGGAACUGCUUUUGGUGCAAUGGCGAAUCCAGGACAAGCUGAUAAUCUUCGUAAUCUCGGCCAAGUUGAUAUUCAAUAUCGAAGGGUGCAAUGCUACUAUGGUAGAACAAAGAUCGCUUUCAAGAUUGACGCACAAACAAACCCUUAUUGGUUUGCAACUGCAAUAGAAUACGAUGAUAGAGAUGGUGGACUUCAGUCAGUGGAGAUAGCCUCUGCUAAUACGCGACAGUUUGUUCCAAUGAAGAAUAUUUGGGGUGCGGUUUGGCAAGCCGAUGUAAAUCCAUCUCUUCAUGCUCCGUUCUCGUUCAGGCUCACAUCUCCUAAGGGUUCUGUUGUGGUUGCUACAAAUGCUGUUCCUAUGGGCUUUGUGCCUGCAAGGUGUUAUAUGUCUGAUUUCACCGCUACUUUAACCAAUAACAAUGAGAUUAGUGUGCUUACCACCGCUUCAUUCUUUGGAAUUAUACGACAUCGGGUUACUACAUGGAUUAAAGCUUUUCACUUCCCGAUCCUUCCACCGCUCACUCCAUCUUCCCUCGCCGCUCCACCUACCGACUGCUUCUUCUUCUACUCUGAUUUCCAUCAGAACCGAUUUCUCCCCACACUCUUCCAAACCAUUGUCUCACUCCUCCUCGGUUGA